GGGGAUAUUGGGUGGUUACAGCAGCAUGGCUGCAUAAAAAUAAAAAGUCAAUGAACGCUGUUCAUUUCAGUGUUGUCGUAAACUGCGUCGCUCUGUCUACAGGUCGUAAAGUGACGAGUGAUGAACUCUCGAAGCCUCAUGUUUGCGACUCUCGGAAGUAGUGGUAAGAGCUCCUCGCCGUGUUUCCGGUGUCGGCAAACUGCGAGGGGAGGAGCCAUAGACUCGCGUACGGGGAGGAGCUACGUCAUCCGCGAGGAGGAAGGUGUCUGCCGCGGCGGACACACUUCAACAAAGAAGCGAGGCGUAUUCUUCGACGUUCUCUCAGUCACUUUCGGAUUGGUUACUUAUCUUCAUAUUUGGAGAAAGCGCCCAGUUAUUCCUGUGGAUGUUUAACUUCAGGAGAAUGAGAUGCUGACUUCGUAACCAAGAAAGAGCCAAGUUCAGUCAUCCAACCUCAAGUCACAACACACCUUUUAAUAUGGCAGCACAGCUGAAAAAACCCUCUGCGGUGUCCGAUGGCCCCCCUGACGCUAAAAGGAUGGACCUUCGAGUGAAUGAGAAAAAGUGCUCUUGGGCCUCCUACAUGACCAACUCUCCCACUGUGAUAGUGAUGAUUGGCUUGCCUGCCAGAGGAAAAACCUACAUGUCCAAGAAGCUGACACGAUACCUCAACUGGAUCGGAGUUCCCACCAAGGUGUUUAACCUUGGCGUUUAUAGAAGAGAAGCAGUCAAGUCGUACAAGUCAUAUGACUUCUUCAGACAUGACAAUGAAGAAGCCAUGAAGAUUAGAAAACAGUGUGCACUGGUGGCGCUGCAGGAUGUGAAGGCCUACCUGGACCAGGAAGGAGGGCAGAUUGCUGUUUUCGAUGCCACCAACACCACAAGAGAACGGAGGGAGCUCAUCCUUGGUUUUGCAAAAGAACAUUCAUACAAGGUUUUUUUUGUGGAGUCAAUAUGCGACGAUCCAGAGGUCAUAGCUGCCAAUAUCCUGGAUGUGAAGGUCUCCAGCCCUGACUACCCUGAGAGAGACAGAGAGAGUGUCAUGGAGGAUUUUCUGAAGAGGAUAGAAUGUUAUAAAGUCACCUACCAGCCUUUGGACCCUGAUGAUCAUGACAUGAGCUUGUCCUUCAUCCAGGUCAUCAAUGUGGGCAGACGUUUCCUGGUCAACAGGGUCCAGGACUACAUCCAGAGUAAAAUCGUCUACUACCUCAUGAACAUCCAUGUGCACUCGCACUCAAUCUACCUCUGCCGUCACGGCGAGAGUCACCACAAUGUGGAGGGACGCAUCGGAGGAGACUCUGAGCUGUCGGCCCGGGGGAAACAGUUCGCAGCAGCCCUGAAGGCUUUCGUGCAGGAGCACCACCUGUCAGACCUGAAGGUUUGGACCAGCCAGCUGAGGCGCACCAUUCAGACCGCGGAGGAGCUGGGCGUUCCGUACGAGCAGUGGAAGAUCCUCAACGAGAUCGAUGCUGGCGUGUGUGAAGAGAUGACCUACCAAAGCAUUCAGGAAACCUUCCCGGAUGAGUUUGCCCUGAGGGACCAGGACAAGUAUCACUACCGCUACCCUGGUGGGGAGUCGUACCAGGACCUGGUGCAGAGGCUGGAGCCGGUCAUCAUGGAGCUGGAGCGCCAAGGCAACGUGCUGGUCAUCUGCCACCAGGCCGUGAUGAGGUGCCUGCUGGCCUACUUCCUGGACAAGAGCACGGAGAACCUGCCGUACUUGAAGUGUCCGCUCCACAAGGUGCUGAAGCUCACCCCUGUAGCUUAUGGCUGUAAAGUGGACGUGUUUGAUCUGAAGGUGGACGCCGUCAACACUCACAGGGACAGACCGUUGAAUCCACUCCAGUCCAACCAACCUGGCACUGUGGUGAGGAGGAACAGCUUCAGUCCGCACUCCAGCCAGGACCAGGUCAAGCGUCCCCGCAUGUACAGUAUGGGCAGCUCCUCCCACGCCCACACAUCUGAGGCCCACGCUUUGCCCAGCAUGCAGUUACCAGAGGGGGCAGAGCUGCUGCAGAGUGAGGAAACUCUCAACGGCUUCAGUGCGACGGAGGCGGACAACUGCGUCCGGAGUUGAAACCAGAGCUCCGGCUCCAUGCCUCCGCCACCUUCACGCUCUACACCUGAGGUUUCCAAAUGAAAACUGCUGUUGGACCAUAAAGGCCGUGCCUCUUCAAUAAAGUUCUCUGAGCUCUUGGGUUUCAGGUUUUGUCUUUAUACUUGUCUGAGUUACAUUGACUGCAAAAGUCUUUGUUACAUUUGGUACGGCUAGUUUGUAAAAAUGACCUUCUUUGCUGUAAAGUUCGGGUGACUUGUGUCCAGUCAGUGCAUUUGUAAAGUGCCUCUUAAUAAAGGACUGUGGGUCAA